GUGAGACAAUUAGAAAACGAAACUGUGUCUUGCAGGGUGUCUUACAGGAGCUCAGGAUCCAUUUUGAUUGAGAAGAUAACCUAUUCGCAAUUGCGCGAAAGGGAAGUUAACUCAACAAUUAGCCCAGAAACAUCAUGAAGAGAAAAAAAUCCCCAGUAUCAUCCUCAACAGAGAAAAGGGUGAGGGUCAAAAUGGAGAGGUCCGACUCACCUGCACCCAGUUGUUUGUCUGUAAAGUCGAUGAAUCCACCAGUAAACUUAAAAGAAGACUUUACAUCUGAUUUAAGAGUGAAGUUGGAAAGGUCAGACUCACCUGCAUCAAGCUGUGUGUCUUUAAAGUCAAUGGACCCACCAGCAAACUUCAAGCAGGAAUUAAUGUGUGAUUCAAAAGUAAAGAAGGAGAGGUCAGACUCGCCUGCAUCAAGCUGUGUGUCUCUGAAGUCAAUGGACCCACCAGUAAACUUCAAGCAGGAAUUAUGUGAUUCAAGAGUGAAGGAGACAUCAGACUCACCUGCACCCAGCUGUAUGUCUCUAAAGUCAAUGGACCCACCAGCAAACUUUAAACAAGAAUUUGCAUUAUCUGACUCAAGUGAGCCAUCAGCCAGUCUUCUGACAGAGGACCACUUCAGAUGUUCAGUGUGUACGGAAGUGCUGAAGGACCCAGUCUCCAUCCCCUGUGGACACAGUUACUGCAGGCAGUGCAUCACCUUAUACUGGGCCCAGCCUAACCAUGCAGGACACUAUGCCUGUCCCCAGUGCUCACAGACAUACAGCUCCUGUCCUGCACUUUACACAAACUCAGCCUUAGCAGUGGUGGUCCAGAAGCUCCAGCAGUUCAGUCCUGUUCCUCCUGCUCACUGCUAUGCAGGUCCUGGAGAUGUGGCCUGUGAUUUCUGCACUGGGAGGAAACUCAGAGCUGUGAAAUCCUGUCUGACCUGCUCUGCCUCCUUUUGUGAGUCUCACAUCAGGCAGCACUACACAGUUCCAGCACUGCAGAAACACACACUGGCGGAGCCUGAACAUCAGGAGGAAAAACCCAAGAAGCAGUGUGAGGUUAAGACUGAAGACUUCAAACUGGAUAUUGACCAAGGACUCGAGUACAUGUUUGAAGAGCUGGAAGAUAACCUAGUUAAUGGAGCAGUGGGCAACCAGGCACCCAAGCAGGAAGGCAGCCCUCUGCAGGACACCGUGAUGCACCUCAACAGGAACUCUCCGAACCUAAUGAACAGUAGCGACACCAUGCCAACAUGCCUGGCAUCCAUAGAGGGCAUGAGGAGCUGGUAUGAGGAGAUCACACAGGAUCUGCGCGAUCACCUCAUCCAGUUUUUUGUUAGGACACUUUUCCCGAUGCCAAACAUUGAUGGUCUGAACAAACUUUGGAUCAAGAAAAUGGUGGAAGUCAUACGCAAGAAAGAGGAGAACGUGUACAAGUUUGCCAAAAGCAGGGCCGAGUAUUACCAUCUCAUGGCAGAGAAAAUGUUCAGAAUUCAGAAGAUAGCGGAGCAGUUUUGGCAGAAGCAGAACUUGAAAGGGAACUCAGUGGGGGAAGGCCCCCAGGGGCCUGCCACAAGCCUCCCGCCGGCCCUAACGGGCCAGCUGGCACCACCUCCUGGGCUUCCCCUUUCUCUUGUGGGCUGUGUGGGCACAGAGCUGGGAUCAGAUGGUCAGCCCAGUGCCCCCAACCUCAACACUCCAAGACAGAUUGACCACAGCUCCAUCGAGAGGGCCUACGCCGCCCUGGGCCUCACUUACAAGGGCAACCAGUUGCCCAACCAGCCCAUGUCCAGACCACUCAAUGCCAUGGGAGGGAACUUAGUGAAUGGAGCAGUGGGCAACCAGCAGGACACCUUGAUGCUCCAUAACAUGGACUCUCAGAACAUGAUUAACAGUAGCAGUACCAUGUACACAGCCAACCCACCCUCCACCGGGGCCAUGAGGAAGAGCUGGCAUGAGGACAUCACACAGGAUCUGCGCAAUCAUCUCGUCUACAAGCUUGUUCAGGACAUUUUCCCGACACGAGACCCCGCUGCUCUGAAGGACCCACGGAUGGAGAACCUGGUGGCGUAUGCACGCAAUGUGGAGAGGGACAUGUAUGAGUCUGCCAACAGCAGGGCUGAGUACUACCAUCUAAUAGCAGAGAAGAUCUACAAGAUCCAGAAGAAGCUGAAUGAGAAAUGGCUGGCACGAUGGCAGAAGCAAGGCAUGACGGGAAGUCAACCAGGCAUGGCCCCCAUUGUCCUGCCACCAGGCCCUCCUGUAAUGAGCCAGCCGACACCGCCAGUGGGACUGCCACUUAAUGGUGUAUUAUCAGCGCAAAUGGUCGACCAGAUGCAGAAACCUGCAGGAAUGCCCCCCUUUAACCAGGUGGGCCCCUGGCCUACUCUGCCCCGUCAGCACGGCACGCCCAUGAACCAGAUGGGAAGGGGAGGAGGAGAGAGGGUGGCCUAGCCCAGCGUGCAUGCAAGGUGGAGGGGAAAGCGUCCAAGUGUGCCGACAGCAGAAUGACUACUACUAUGUAAUAGCAGAGACGAGAUUCAGAAGAUGCUGGGAGUGUAGCAUCGACUGCUGAAGCAGGGCAUGAUGGGACCCCAGCGAGGCAAGAUCCCCAAUGGCCUGCCACAAGCCUCCUGUUUGAAAUCUUGAGAAUGCACAAGUGUGACCUAGAAAUCUGAAUGAUCUGGGGAGAUUUUAGGAAUGGUCCCAAACCUCUUGCUUUGUAUUCUCCAACUUCAUUGGAUGUCAUAGGAGAAUAUUAUGAGCUGUUUUAUACACAUAGUGAAGCUUAACAAGGUAUUAUAAGCAUGAUUGCCAAUAAUUGUAGGGGUAAGAUAAACAUGGCUCUUUGUUCGUCACAUUUCCAGUUGGUUACAACCCUUUAAUUAUUGUUUUAACUGUAAAUUUGUACCAUUUACACCAUCACCAUGACACUCACUCACACAGAGCACCUUA